AUGACCGAAGCUGGCUCCAUGAACCUUUUCGUUCUCUGGAUGAAUCCGCAAGGCACACCGCAGCUUGUUACUCCACCCCCGUCGGACCAUACAAUUCUUGCAGGCCUGACCCUAGCUAGCGUCCUCGAUUUGGCUCGUGAGCGACUUGUUAAGAGCGCUGUCCCUUCGGAAAUUGAGCCACCGGAGGUUAUUGAGAAGCAAUAUACAGUCUUGAUUUGGAAAAGGUCUCGAAUCUUACGAAAUUGGUGGGCGCAUUUGCAGUGGGGACAGCGGCAUUUAUUGUCCCUGUUGGAAGCAUUGAAUAAUAGAAUGGGUUGA